AAGAAGACAAAUAUUAAACACCCAACAAAAUUCAAAAAGAAGCCAGGCCCCUUUUUAACCCCCCAAUUCCUCCACUCUCCGCUGGGUCUUCGUUUGUUCUCUCCGACCACAAAGAUCAGCUGGAAAUGGAAGAACAAGUAGAUUCUGAUCGUCAGUUAAUGAUGGAAGGUGGUUUUACGGCCCCACACAGUAUGGAUAUUGAUCCAUCGAGGGAACGGUUUCCAUGCUGCAUUGUUUGGGCGCCUCUACCCGUUCUUUCAUGGCUGGUUCCUUUCAUUGGACACGUCGGAAUUUGCAGAGAAGAUGGAAUUAUUCUAGAUUUUGCAGGGCCUAAUUUUGUAUGUGUUGACCAUUUCACCUUCGGACCAGUGGCUCGCUAUCUCCAAAUUAACAAAGAUAAGGAAUGCGGCAUUUCUCCCCAUUCAUCUGCACUUAAAGGUGAUGAAGAAUACCAGGAUGAUGAACUUAGAAGGGAGACAUUAACAUGGGAUGAAGCACUUCGAAAAAGCACGAUGGAGUUCCAACACCGGUCAUACAACCUAUUCACAUGCAAUUGUCAUUCAUUUGUAGCAAACAACCUGAACAAGUUAGGGUUCCGUUAUGGAGGGUGGAAUGUAGUGAACGUUGCACUUCUCCUCUUACUCAAAGGCCAGUGGGUGAGCAAAUUAGCAUUUUUUCGGUCUUUCAUGCCAUUUGUUGUCGUAACCGGUCUUGGGCUUACAUUUGGUGGCACCACAUACCUGUUUUUUUCGGCUCUCUUUGCGGCCCUUCUUGCUUGUUGGUUCCUUCUUGGUACUUACUGUUUUAAGAAUUUGAUCAAUUUGUAGUUUUAUAUUUUUCAACUCUCCAACUCCAUUAAUGUAAAAGAUCUGCUUGUAAGAUUCAUUGCUUGUUCAUGUUAUCAUAUAUUCGUAUUUUCACAUGGCUUUGUUAUGUUAAAA